GGCUAGGACAGUGCUUCCAGUUCGGCUGCUGUCGAAUUACACCCGAAAUUCACUUUAAAUUCUCACUUUAGUGAAUAUCCCGGGCAGACAGUGUGUUUGGUGCCAGAGGGUGGAGCAAUGCAUGGUGUCUGUCCGGCUGGGCCAUUAAUAGCCUGCAGCAUUAUCAUGGGGCUCUCACACCCCUUCAGACUGAUGGGAGUAGCAGUCCGUGACGGAUAGCCGGUCUGUGUGCCGGACUCCCACCCACAGGGGGCGUGCUGACUCCAUAACAUCACAAGAUGGCGGCCCCCCCGGCACACAUGGAGAGUGAUCUCAAUGAAAGUUUUGAAGGCUUCAUUGUAAGAAAACAGGAGCUGUCCCCCCAUAAAUGUAACGAACUUGAGGAAGAUAGUGACGAAAGAGAACUGGAUGAAGAAGAUGAUUGGUACUGGGAUGAAACCAGCACAAAUCUUACCAAAUGCUAUUCAGCCACAAGAGGGUGCAAUCCACAGGCUAAUCGUCAGGGAAUGCAUGGUGCUUCCACCAAAGCCUAUACAAUGACAGACAAAGUGUUGCAAAAAUAUGAACAUAAAAUUAAUUUAGGUAAACUAAAUCUUUCGGAUUCUGUGAUGAAUAAAGUCACUGAAAAAUCUAGGCACAACGAUGCAGAUACAUAUCGAGUUAAAGAUAAAUCUGACAGAGCAACUGUGGAACAGGUUUUGGAUCCAAGGACUCGAAUGAUUCUCUUCAAGAUGCUUACAAGAGGUGUUAUAUCAGAAAUUAAUGGUUGUAUCAGCACAGGAAAAGAGGCCAAUGUUUACCAUGCAAGCACUUCCAGUGGUGAAAGCAGAGCAAUCAAGAUAUACAAAACUUCAAUUUUGAUGUUUAAAGAUCGUGAUAAAUAUGUUAGUGGGGAGUUCAGAUUUCGGCAUGGCUACUGCAAGGGAAACCCCAGAAAAAUGGUGAAAACUUGGGCAGAAAAAGAAAUGAGAAAUUUAAUAAGGCUGAACACAGCGGGAAUUCCGUGCCCAGAGCCUAUCAUGCUAAGAAGCCAUGUGCUCCUCAUGGAUUUCAUUGGUAAAAAAGACACUCCUGCUCCACUUCUGAAGAAUGCUCAGAUAUCUGAAUCCAAAGCCCGGGAGCUCUAUUUGGAUGUUAUACAUUACAUGAGAAGAAUGUACCAAGAUGCGAGACUUGUGCAUGCCGAUCUUAGUGAAUUCAAUAUGCUGUAUAACAAUGGAAAAGUGUAUAUAAUUGAUGUCUCACAGUCUGUGGAGCAUGAUCACCCACAUGCUCUAGAGUUCCUUCGGAAAGACUGUGCCAAUGUAAAUGAUUUCUUUGUGAAGUAUGGUGUUGCAGUAAUGACUGUGCGAGAGCUGUUUGAGUUUAUCAUUGAUCCUUCAAUUACAGAGGACAACAUGGAUGCAUAUUUAGAUAAGGCAAUUGAACGAGCGGCCCAGAGAACAGAGGAAGAGAAAUCGAGUCAAGAUAAGGUUGAUGAAGAGGUGUUUAAGAAAGCCUAUAUUCCCAGAACACUAAAUGAGGUUAAGCACUAUGAGAGAGAUGUAGAUUUAAUGCAUAAGCUGAAAGAAGAGGACAUGGCCUUAAACACCCAACAAGAUAACAUUUUAUAUCAGACUGUAACAGGACUGAAGAAAGACCUUUCUGGUGUUGAAACGGUACCAACUUUACUGCAGGAUAGUGAUCAUACACAAGAGAUUGGAUCAGAAUCUGAUAGUGACAGUGAUGAUGGGUCGGCAACUGACUCUGAUGCGGACAUUCAUCCUAAAGAUCGGAGCUCUGAGCCAGUCAUGGAUAAAAAGGAAAGAAAAAAGAUUGCUAAAGAAACCCAGAGGGAGAAGAGGAAAAACAAGAUCCCCAAGCAUGUGAAAAAAAGAAAAGAAAGGACCGCAAAAACGAAGAAAGGCAAAUAAAGUAUAGUUUUAAAAAUGCAGCAAAAUUCUGGUGAUAUACAAACUUGCUGUGCAAAAUGUGGUAUGCCCAACCUAUUCAUCCUGGAGAUGAAACAACAUUUACACUAUGUGUAGCCUUCUGCAAGGUUUACAGUCCUUCAAAGGUAAAAGUAGUCUGCAAAAUGAACUAAUUGUAUGAAUCCCUUCUAUGCCAGGGGUCAGUCACAGAAAGGUAUAUUGUUGAGCUCAAAUAAAUUAUUUUGUUGCAAGACCACAUCCACCCCUUUAAAAAGUGAUGUGUCAAAAUAAAAGAAUAUUUUUAACUUUGGUUAACCAUUAAACGAGUUAUGUCAUUUA